AAGGUGAUCUUAAUUAACUUGAAUUCUUUUUAUUAUUAUUAUUAUUAUUAUUCUUAGUUAUCUUUCUACUCAACAUAUUCCAUCCUUUGUAGUUUGUACUCUUUUGUUUAAUUCCUAUCAGGAAGGUAAAAUGCUGGGCCACAUGGUCUGUGAGGUAGAGACUCGCCCUAUGGUGACCAAUGAGUAAAAAUGAAGAAACAAUGAAUCAGCACCUACAGAGACCUUUCCAUUUUUGCUCCUCUCUGUAGAAGCAUGGUGAAAUUCAAUCAACUAAUUUAACACAAACCCAAAACAGUACUGUAUCAAGAACCUGCUGUGAUUGCUUUAUAAUAAUCUUGAGUUGAAUUCAUGGCAGAAAUUUUCAGGUUUAAGGGGGUUUAGAAAAAAGGAAAAAGAGAGACAGGAAAAGAUAAAGUUGUGGUCUUUCUCAUUUACACAGAUCCCUAUGGAAUGAAGGGGAGCUCCCCCAGCAUUGUAUGUGCUGGUGUGUUCAUUCUUUUUGUUUAGUUUAAAGUUUUAAAAGAGAGCAGAGUUGUUUGUGUGCUUAUGUGUGUGUGAGAAAGAGAAAGUUGCAUAGAUUAAAGAGUUCUUUGUUCUUGUAGAGAACAAAAAACCAUGUUUUUAGAUUGAGGGAUGCAAUAGAUUUUGGUAUGAUUAGCUUAUUUUUUGUUCAAUGAUUGAGUCCCCUGCUCUAGAACUUGUGUAAGGAAAAAAAAAGUAAGAGAGUAGGAGAAAAUGAAGAGUUUGAAUGAUAGUAACAAUGGCAGCAGUAGUACUUGGUUGGGUUUUUCUCUUUCACCUCAUAUGAAAAUGGAGGUCCCUAGUGAUCAUCAUUCCCAGCACCAUCAUCAGCAAACAACAGCUUCUCCUUCCACAGCCGUUCCUCCUAGCUUCUACUUGUCUUCUCACCUCAACAGCUCCGGAAUCUGCUAUGGAGUCGGAGAAAAUGGUACCUUUCAUGCUCCGUUGUCUGUUAUGCCACUAAAAUCAGACGGGUCCCUAUGCAUCAUGGAAGCACUUAGUAGAUCACAAACAGAAGGGAUUGUGCCAAAUUCAUCCCCCAAACUGGAGGAUUUUCUGGGUAGUGCAACAAUGGGGACUCAUCAAUAUGAAAGCCAUGGAAGAGAAACAAUGGCUCUGAGUUUAGACAGCAUGUAUUACCACCAAAAUGCAGAGCAGGAAACCAACCGGCACAACUCCCUGGACCUUCUUCAAGAUCCAUUCCGGCAUCAAGACCCAGCCUUUUCCGUUCAAACCCACCCGUAUUACUCCAGCAUGCCUUUCCAGAUGUAUCAACCUCCAUUAGAAGAUGAAACCAAAAACGCUGAGCUCACAGACUGUGACUCCCAAAUCCCUCAAAUGGGGGAAGACGCCAUGCCCUGUUUGAAAAACUGGGUUAGUAGACACUACUCUGUUCAUGCUCCCCUGGACCAGCAAAUGAACAAUGUCUUGGUCGAGGAGGGUGGAGGUUCUGGCUCUGUUGGUGCAAUGGGUUGUGGGGAUUUACAGUCCCUGAGUUUAUCCAUGAGUCCUGGUUCUCAAUCUAGCUGCGUCACCGCCCCACGGCAGAUCUCACCCACCACCGCAGAUUGCUCUGCUGUGGAAACGAAGAAGAGGGGAGCUGGAAAAGUGGGUCAGAAGCAGCCUGUUCAUCGGAAGUCUCUUGACACAUUUGGGCAGAGAACAUCUCAGUACAGAGGCGUCACAAGACAUAGGUGGACGGGAAGAUAUGAGGCUCAUUUGUGGGAUAACAGUUGCAAGAAGGAGGGGCAAACCAGAAAAGGGAGACAAGUUUAUUUGGGGGGUUAUGACAUGGAAGAGAAAGCAGCCAGAGCUUAUGAUCUUGCUGCCCUUAAGUACUGGGGACCUUCAACUCAUAUAAAUUUUCCGUUGGAAAAUUAUCGAGAAGAAUUGGAAGAAAUGAGGAACAUGAGCCGCCAGGAAUAUGUUGCGCAUCUAAGAAGGAAAAGCAGUGGCUUUUCCAGAGGAGCCUCAAUGUACAGAGGAGUUACCAGGCAUCAUCAGCAUGGGAGAUGGCAAGCUAGAAUUGGCAGAGUUGCAGGGAACAAGGAUCUUUAUCUCGGAACGUUUAGCACUCAAGAAGAAGCAGCCGAGGCAUAUGACAUUGCUGCGAUUAAGUUUCGUGGAGUGAAUGCUGUGACUAACUUUGACAUUACAAGGUAUGAUGUUGAGAAGAUUAUGGCAAGCAGUACGUUGCUUGCAGGGGAGCUUGCUAGGAGAAACAAGGAGACAGAAUCGAGCAAUGAGGUUAUUGAGUAUAACACACCAUCACAGAACAAUGGGGAAGCUCCUCACCUUGAGAAUAACAAUGUGAAUGGCUCAGGCUGGAAAAUGUUGUACCAACCUCCCCAACAGCAACAACAGCCAAAUGUAGGUUCUGUUGAAUCUCUUGAUCAGAAACCUAUGAACACUGGAAAUUAUCGGAAUGCAAGUUUCUCAAUGGCCCUGCAAAAUUUAAUUGGGAUUGAUUCAGUGAACUCUAACCAAGCUGUGUUGGAUGAAUCCACUAAGCAACUAGGAACUCAGUUUUCAAAUCCUUCCUCCCUGGUGACUAGCUUAAGCAGCUCAAGGGAAGGCAGCCCCGAUAAAACUGGCUCUUCAAUGCUCUUUGCCAAGCCUCCACUAGCAUCAAAGUUCAUCUGCCCAAACCCUGGUGUCAGUUCCUGGUUCCCAACAUCCCAGUUAAGGCCUACUGCAAUCCCCAUGGCCUCUCACUUGCCAGUUUUUGCUGCCUGGAAUGAUACCUAAACCAAAAGAUGUACGGAGUUUUGCAUGAGCCAGAGAGGAAGGAUGAAACGAAGUGGGGUUAGGCACAAAAGGCAGAUUGGAUGGAUUAAGAUUUUUGUCAUGUCUUACUUUUGGUGUAGUUAGUGGGAAAAAUUGAGGGGGGAGGGGCCAAUUAUGUCUGUUGCUAAAAGUUCAUUGAGCUUUUUUUCAAAACUACCCUCUUGAAUCAAAUUAGAAUCAAUCA